CGUCACAUCGAUGCCACAUGUUUUUAGCGUGUGAACGCACCGAAAUCAAACGAUCCCUGGACACAAUCAGGGUAUUUUCCGGAAUCUCUGUGUGAAAUGUGCUUUAUUAAGUUGCACUUAUGGCAAUAAUAAUAAUGAGGUCUCUGCAAAUCAUCUUGUUGUUGGUUGUUCUUUGUCUCUGCAACUUUGUUGCAAGUGCAGAUGUGAGCAAAUAUAAAGGUGACAAUUACACCAUUACAUGUCCUGCACCUAAAACAGAAGCGCUGGGUGUGUAUCUGUACAGCCGACGUUCGGUCAAGCGUGAAGUCUUCUACUAUUAUUUCAAACCGGACAAAUUAACUCUGCAUAAGGACUACGAAGAUCAUGUUAAAGUCAAAAAUGACAAGAAGACUCUAACUAUAGACAUCUUUAAUCUACGACCUGAAGACUCUGGGGCUUACUGGUGCACCUGCCUUCAUCUCUCUGGUGUAUGUACAAUGGAAGAGUCAGGGGUUUUUCUUUUGGUUCAAGAUCCGCCAGAGAUCAUUCCCUCUUCCAAAAGCCCUUCAAAGUCCAAUGGCAUGAAUGACUUACUGAUACCAGUGACGGCUUUGACAGCUGCCAGUGUGCUCCUGCUGUUACUCCUUGUGCUAGGAGUGUGGCUGGUGCCCAAGAUGAAGAAAGUGUUUAGAAGUAAGAGAGAAGAAGACAAAAGGUCUGCCAAUGGAGUGUAUGAGGUGAUGACCAUUCACUGAAAGACAGAGUAUACAUGAGAGAGAAAUGCUUCCUCUCUUCUAAAUGUCUUUAUUUUUGGUUUUACUAAAUAAAAGUAUCCUCUUCUAUCCUCUGUAAAUAAGAGUUAAUUUUUGUAGUUUUUUAGCUUUGCGUGAUAGUUAAAAUCCUUUAGCAUGAAAUGGACUGUGAUGCUUUGAUUCUCUCUUUUUUUAAACCUAUUUUAUCUAUGCAUUUGUUAAAUUAAUUUUUUAAUGAAUCAAUUUAUAUGUGUGUUCUGAAAUAUAGGCUAACUAUUUGUGACUUG